CGGGUCAUGUGACCAGACUGGUCUCAUGACAGGGAUCUCAUAUCUGGAAGUGCUUUCAGCCUCUCACGCAGGCGCAGUAACUAAUUACCCACGCUUGCAGCACCAUUACAUGGAUCAGGUGAAUGCCUCCCCUUCAUUGUUCAGUAUAAGUCACUCCCCCUCACCAUCAUUACUGGCAGACUGGGCACUCCUUCUAUAAUUGGCAUUCUCACAACACAUCACAAGAUCAUGUAUCCAGGACCGUCCUCUGCCGAUACAUCAAGCUCUGGCCUGACUCUAAGCAAGGUGACGACACUUCUCCAGUGACUGGUAGCACAGCAGGAUUCCAGGUUGGCUACCUGCGGUGACUUACCUGGAAAAUUCAUUUGGACACCAUGAACGUGCUGCAGUUCCCGCGACACCCCGUGAUUGACCCUGUGCGUAACAUUCCCAUCAGGAGAUUGCAGUGCCCACCGGAGUCUACCUGUUUCCCUUCACCAAGAUGGCGCUUCCCUCCUCAGGAACAAUUGUGUGCAUGCGCCGGGCAGGAUGCUGUCAGUCUCCUAGGAUACCUUGCACAUGAGCUACCACGUGAUGCUGUUUACAUACGUCAUUUCCGCACGUGGCACGGAGCCUCCUCAUGUGCUGGAAACAUGCCGGGUUCUGCUUGUCAUCCUCCCAUAAGACGGUUGCCGGAGGCACGUGCAAUAGUCCUGCACCGUCAUGGGAAGAGGAAUCUUGAAAAAAUGAAGAAAUUAAUGUCUAUCUGUGGCAUUCAUGUAAAGCAAAGAGAAAAAAACAGGCGCUCCCUUGUGAAGAACCAACGGAUCACAGAAAUUGUGAGGCCCUAUUGUCUCCUCAUUUGCCGCCAACUCCAGGCUGCGCCAUUCAGACACUAUAUGGUAUCCCCAUGCUUCAGUCAACUCGAGGCUGUGCCAUCCAGGGAUUGUGAAGCCCUGGUGUCUACUCAUGCUUCUGCCAACUUCUGGCUGUGCCAUUCAGCCACUAUAUGGUCUCCUCAUGCUGCCAACACCUCCACGCUGUGUCAUUCAGCCACUAUAUGGUCUCGCAUGCUGAUGCAGCCUCCGUGCUGUGUCAUUUAGCCACUAUAUGGUCUCCUCAUGCUGCCAACACCUCCACGCUGUGUUAUUCAGCCACUAUAUGGUCUCCUCAUACUGAUGCCAUCUCCAGGCUCUGUCAUUGUGCCGCUCUGCGGCAGUGAUUCUAAAAGUGAUGCCGGUAAUCUGCAUGUUAUUCUGAAUAACAGUAUUAUUUCACUACUCCAGCACACUCCAUAUGCGUGUUAGGAGACAGAAAAGUGUUCCAUACCCCUAUAGAGGCUGUAUGUAGGCUAGAAAUAGCUGUUUUUAAUAUAGAUUAGUUUUCAAAAAAUUCGGCGAAUUGGCCAAAUAGAAUUUUUCAAAAGUUUCAAAAACUAUAAUCAUUACAAAGUGUCUCUAAUAUGGGGGUACAAUUUUUGGGGAAUGUCAAGGGGUAUUCAGGCAAAAAAGGUUAAGAACCACUGCACUACACUACACUAGAAAGAAGCUUGAUCACAUUGCUCCAUUACUGUGCAUACUUUUUCCCAGGGAAUAUCAGGCGGCCAUUAAGACUCACCAUUCGAACUGGGUGGUCUUCUCAAAAAGACACACUAUGUUCACAGAGCUAGAUCAGUCUCUCAUUCAGUCAACCAUUACCGUGCUAAGUUCUAAUAAGAAGCAAAAAUCCUGAAACAGCUGUAACAGGUGAGGCCCUUUCCUUUUUUCUCACUAGAUUCUGGUUUAGCUUAUAUACAGUAUCUGGUUUGGCUAAUAACAGUGGGCAUGAUUCAAGGCUCUCUACAGGGUCAGCGGAUGUUGCCUGUAAUAAGUGGCAGUAGAGGGCAAGCUCAUUUGCACUAAAUAUGUCAGGUUUCAGGGUUGGGUUACAAUUGAUGUUUAGAUUUAUACCUUACAUUUUGUUUAAUGUUAAACAAUUGAAUUGACAGUAUUUGUGUAGUUGUGAUUGUUGUAUGCAGAACACAAGACUGCAGUCACAAUACUUGGCAAUUCUUGUAGAGACUUUUAAACAUUAAAUUUAGCCAUUAUCCAUACUCUGAUAUAUAUUUGUUUCCAUUUUUCAUUUCCAUUUUCAAUGUUGAGAGAAUUGUUUGCACUCUGACAGGACACGCUGUGACUGGAUAACACAUAGAGACGCUACUUAAAACACACUCUUGUAACACAGAAGAGAUA